AUUUUUGAGUGGUACUGUUUCCGGUGUAUACUAAAUCUUGUUUUGACAAUUAUUUGUAUGAAAUUACUUAUUCUACCAAAUAAAUGACGCUUGAAAAUACUAUUAAAAAUGUCUUUAAAGCAGAAACGGUAAAAUCUAUUGGGUAUGCAGGUGGGGGAUGUAUAAGUGCCGCUUCAAGCUUUGUUUUAAAUUCCAAUACUCACAUAUUCGUUAAAACGAACUCAAAGAAAGGCUCAGAUAUCAUGUUCGAAGGUGAAUUUGCUGGACUUGAUGCAAUAUAUCAAACAGGAAAAAUUCUUGUCCCAAAGCCUUUAAAGGCGUUUUCUUAUGGAAAAACGUAUUGUCUCGCUAUGGAACACAAAGAAAUCGGUAGCCUUGAGAAUGGAACUUUACUUGGAGAACAGUUAGCUGAUCUCCAUCUCGAUAAUAUUAAUUUAAUAAGAAACAAGCAGAAAAAUUCAUUCGUUGGUAGUGAGAAUUCUGAUCGCGAGCCUGAGACUAGAUUUGGAUUUCCAGUCAGAACUUCGUGUGGUUUUAUUCCUCAGAAUAAUCAGUUCACUAAGACAUGGGAAGAAUUCUUUGCUAGAAAAAUUGAUGAUCAACUAGCUAUAAUAGAAAGAGAAUACCAUGAUAUGAAACCGAGACAGCUAUGGAAUCAAUUUCUGCCAAAAAUUUCAUCAUAUUUCGAAGGACAGGAAAUAUUACCAUCUCUGCUUCAUGGGGACCUAUGGGGAGGAAAUGCCGGCGAAUGUUCUAGUGGUCCGAUUGUUUUCGACCCGGCUGCUUUCUACGGACAUCAUGAAUAUGAUUUAGCGAUAGCCACCAUGUUCGGAGGUUUUCCUUCUUCGGUUUUUAAAGCCUAUCACAAAAAAAUUCCAAAGGAGAGAGGCUUUGAAAAUAGACAACAACUUUAUCAAUUAUUUCAUUACUUGAACCAUUGGAGUCAUUUCGGAGGAGGGUAUAAAUCCUCCUGUAUGAGCAUAUUAAAAAGUUUAUGA